AAUCUAGUUACUUGUUCUUCUACAGUACAUCAUCAAAAGUCAAAACCAUGGACUCGAGAUGUUUUGGCUUCUUCUUUACUUUGUUAUCUCUAAAUGUGAUUGUUCUUGCUUACGAUCCUGACACACUUCAAGAUCUCUGCGUUGCGGAUCGCACUUCAGGUACACAUAUAUCUUCAAAUUAAAUUUACUGUCUACUUUGAAUGAUUUGUUAAAGUAAUGAAAUGUCGUCGUUUUUGGAUUAUGUAGGGAUAAAAGUGAAUGGUUUCACAUGUAAACCCGAAUCAAACAUCACCGCUUCAGAUUUUUUCUUCGCCGGAAUCGGAAAACCCGCCGUCGUUAACAACACAGUCGGGUCAGCCGUCACGGGAGCAAACGUAGAGAAGAUCGCAGGGCUUAACACGCUCGGAGUCUCACUCGCGCGUAUCGACUACGCUCCCGGAGGUUUAAACCCGCCGCACACGCAUCCACGCGCCACCGAAGUGAUCUUCGUUUUGGAAGGCGAGCUUGACGUUGGAUUCAUAACGACGGCGAACAAGCUCUUCGCUAAGACGGUGAAGAAAGGAGAAGUGUUCGUCUUCCCUAGAGGAUUGAUUCAUUACCAGAAAAACAACGACAAAGCGAAACCGGCGUCGGUGAUCUCUGCGUUCAACAGUCAAUUACCGGGAACACAAUCGAUCGCCGCCACGCUAUUCACAGCCACUCCGGCGAUUCCGGAUCACGUUUUAACGACGACGUUUCAAAUCGGAACGAAAGAAAUCGAAAAAAUCAAAUCUAAGUUUGCUCCCAAGAAAGUCUAAAAAUCGCGUCGUUAUAUAUAUAUAUUUUAAAUUUUAUUAAUUGGUUUUUAAAUUUUAAUAAAGGAAAAAAUAAACCUUGUUCAUU